AUGCCCUUUGAUCAGGAUGUGGACCUAUCUCCUAUGGAUAUGUUCAGAGCGUAUGCUCCUCGCAGACUGUUGAAGAAACCCGAUCUAGGCAAGGAUGAGAUCGUAGACAAACUGCAUAUGAUUCCACCUGAUGUGCCUUCGGUUAAGAGAAACCAGGAAGUGAAGUAUCGGGAGUAUAGAAGGUUAUGGGAGUUACGACGAAGUGAGUCAUUUGAGAAGGUGCUUGGUACAAUUCGACACUGA